CUCAUUGAUAUCAAGCUGGUCGCCGUUUUCUGAUAUCCUCGUGCUACCACGAGCAUGGUUGGCUUAGCUGGGGAAGCAAUUCGCUGAGACGAUUCUCAGGUCGCCCACUGCACGUGGGAAACGCAUCAUGCGGCUUUACUCGGUCUUAACCAACAUCACAAUAUUUUUAUCUGUGUUAACACGCGCCCAGACGCAGUCUCUUCCCGCAUGCGCUUUAAAAUGCCUCUCCGACACACUCCCCCAAUCAGCCUGCGCACCAACCAACCAAACUUGCAUCUGUACAAACACCGAUCUUGUAGCCAAGCUGUCUAGUUGCGUGACGGCGAGCUGCAGCGUCAAGGACGCUCUUACUACGGUCAAUGUCACGAAUACAGAAUGCGGGGUUCCAGUUCGAGACGAGACUGCUCCGAGUAUCAUAAUUCCAAGCGUUGGCUUUGUCGUCCUCCUGUUUAUUGCUUUGAGGAUAUUCACACGCCUAGUGCUCACGCAAUUAGAGCUGGGUUGGGAUGAUUGGACAACUAUGCUUCUUGGGUGUUUCAUGGUGGCAAUUAAUGUCGGUUCUAUCUUGCUCGGGAAAGCUGGCCUGGGGAAGGAUAUCUGGACACUCUCAUUCCAGAACAUCCAGAGAAUUCUCUAUAUCUUUUAUAUCCAAGAGCUUCUCUACGUCAUCUGCAUCGUUCUCACCAAAAUCUGCUUCCUCCUAUUCUAUACCCGCAUCUUCCCUUCAUCCAAAAUGCUUUGGAUUAUAAAAGUCUCUGGCCUUUUGACGCUGUGCUACGGCAUUGCUUUCCUCUUCGCCCUUUCUUUUCAAUGCUCCCCAGUUAGUUUUAAUUGGGAGGGCUGGGAUGGAGAGCACGAAGGAAGCUGCGUGCAGAAGAAUACAUUGGUCGUUGUUGCAGGGGCGCUCAACGCCGUGUUUGAUGUGUGGGUUAUAGCCCUGCCAAUCCCUGCUCUGCUAAGGCUUCAGGCUUCUAUAUCGACGAAAUUACAAAUUAUUGCAAUGUUCUCUGUGGGCUUCCUGGUCACCGGCGUAAGCAUAUACCGCAUAGUGAUGCUCAAAAUAUUUGCUACAAGCACCAAUCCAACAUGGGACAACGCCGCCGGCGGCUACUGGUCCAUUGUUGAAGUGGAUGUUGGGGUAUUUAUAUUGUGCAUGCCCGCCCUGCGAUCACUUCUUAGCCGUCUCCUUCCAGGUGUUUUUGGUUCAACGAAAGGGAAAAGCAGUGCCGGGCCUUCUUCCAGUCAAAAGAAAUUCAGAGCAGCAUCGGGUAGUUACCCUAACACAAGCUUUAUACAGCUAAUCGAAGUAGACGGCGGAAAGGGUGCAAACGGUGCUGGAGGUGAUUCCUGAUGUGCAAUAAUUAUGACAAGUUAAGAUAACCAAUACCUAACACCCUUGGGUGACCAACCUGCGGAAAGGCAUCUGGUUCAUGUAGAUCAUGUUAUGGUUUGGAGGAACUACAUAAAGGUUCAUCUAGAGCAACUAAUUGUGAGAGGGCUGUCCGGCUGCCGCUGUAUCGGCCUUCCCUCUCACGUGUGCGCGCUAGUUCGGCUUAAUAAGCGCCCCCUAUUUGGACAGACGUAAUCGGACAGCCACCCGAUCACCCACUCCGAACGCGUCUUACUAUAUUGAUUUCAAAUCUCAAUUUCUAAGCCGA